AUGGCUCGCUCCCAGGUCCGCCUCCUCUCGCGACAGACGACAGUGAGUGAGCGGUUGCUGCUCAUCGUCGGACUUGUUGCGUGCAUGGGUGCGGGUGCUGUGCAACCGUUGAUGAACCUGCCGUUCGGCGCCGUUGUCAGCGAUGUUGUUGAUUUCGCGACGGGAGCAAACGAGGCUCAACGCCGAACCAACGACAACGUCGUCAUCUUCUGCUACCUCGCCGUCGGAUCAUUCGUCACCACCUUCGUCUAUACCGCCAUCUUCAACUGGGCCGGCGAGAGCAUCACCAACCGCCUCCGUGGCAAAGCUAUCCGCAGCCUUCUAUCUCAGGAACUCGCCUACUACCAAGAUGGUACGGCAACCACUCGCGCGACCGAGCUCCAGAAGGACCUCGACACGAUCCAGUCGGGUAUCAGCGAGAAGCUCUCGAACAACAUCAUGUACCUGUCACUCGCGUUGACCGGCUUCAUUAUUGCGCUCGUGAAGGCGUGGAGUCUCGGCCUUGCACUCCUGUCAAUGUUGCCGUGUCUCCUUAUCAUCGGCUUUUUCUACGGCUUCGCGUACAUUGGCAUGUUCAUGAUAGCACUCGGCCCGAUCAGCAGCCUGACCCAGGAGUCGCUCGCCGGCAUAACAACAAUCCGCAGCCUCGGCGCCGAGGCGAGCCUUGUCGAGAAGGUGCGCGCCAUCCAGCACAUGGCCUUGCACACGGCACGCAAGAAGGCGGUCAUCUGGGGCCUGUGCAUGGCCGGUAUCACGUUCGUCAUCUACGCCGGCUACGCGCUCUGCUUUGCGUUCGGCGGCCAGCUCUUGCGAUCCGGAGACCUGGCGCCCGGCACGCUCAUCACGGUGUUCCUCUGCAUCAUGAUGGGCAGCUUUUCGUUCGGUCAAGUUCCGCCGAACCUGCACGCCUUCAUGUCCGCCCUCUCGGCGACGACGAAGCUUCAGGAGAUCAUCGAGCGCAAGCCUGAGAUUAUGUCUCCCUCGAACGCUGUCACUUUUUCCGCCUUGCAGGAUGGCAUUGAGAUUCGCAACAUCUCUUUCGCCUACCCCGCUCGACCCGAAGUAUCAGUCCUCCGCGACGUCAGCAUCAAGGUCAGGGCCGGUGAAACUCUCGCCAUCGUCGGCCAUAGUGGCUCCGGCAAGUCGACCCUUGUCGCGCUCCUGCUCUCGCUGUAUCGUGUGAACGAUAUUUUCUAUGACGGCGUCAAUGUGAAAGACAUGGAUCUGCACAACUUGCGCGGUGACCUCAUCGCGUCCGUGCUACAGGAGCCGCAGCUGUUCGACGUCUCGAUCUUUGAUAACGUCGUACUCGGCCUCCCGGCUAGCGCACGAGCUCUGAGCAAGACGGAGCAGCUCGCACUCGUAACUGAGGCGUGCCGCGUCGCCCAAGCUCACGACUUCAUCACAGCCCUGCCCAAUGGCUACAACACGAUGGCGGGUGACGGUGGUGCCAAGUUGAGUGGCGGGCAGAAAGCGCGCAUCGCCAUUGCUCGUGCGUUGGUGCGACGCGCGCCGGUUCUGUUGCUCGACGAGGCGACGGCGAACCUGGAUACUGUCUGCGAACGCGCUCUUCACGCGGCUCUGGAAACCAUGUCUGUGGGUCGCACGACCGUCGUAAUCGCCCACCGGCUGAGCACUGUGCGUAAGGCCGACCGCAUCGUCGUGAUGCAUGACGGCGUAGUCGUGGCCGAGGGAACACAUCAGUCGCUACUGGAGAAUGACCACUACCGCGCUCUAUUCCACGCCGAAGAGACCUGUUCCGAUGGAUCGACCUUUGUAAAGGGGUCGACCAGCUCUCUGAACUCGCCAACGAAGGAGCUGGAGAUUGUUGAGACUGCCUCGGUAUCAGAGCCUACAGAUGGCCCCAAGACAUGGAAGAGUAUCAGGAUGAUGGCGCCUUACGGCAACGGGGGCCUCAUUCUCGUCGGUGUUGCGGGUAGCAUCGUUGCUGGUGCGCUCUACCCGGUCUUCGCUAUCAUCUACGCUCUUGCUUACAGCACGUUCAGCACGCACCCAAAGGAUGCGCACCUGCAGAACAUGAACGCGCUCUACUUUUUCAUCUGCGCCAUUGGAGGCGCCAUCAGCAUCUUCCUGCAGUGGUUUUGUCUGGGCUACGCGUCCGACCGGCUGGCGUGCGCACUCCAGGGAGCCAUGCUCCGCCGCGUCCUCCGCGCACCCAUGGCGUUUUUCGACGAACCCCGCAACUCGUCAUCUCAGCUCGCUGACGUUGUCAACAACUCGCCGAACCGAGUCGCGACCUUCUGCGGAACGGCCAUGGGCACGUUCAUUGCGUCGCUCAGUACCCUGAUUGGUGGCUGCAUUGUCGGCUUGGUGUACAGCUGGAAGCUCGGUCUCGUUAACAUGUCCGUGCUGCCUCUGACGCUCGGAACGGGCAUCGUGCGCCUCAAGGUCCUCGAUUCGCGUGAGGCCAAGUUCAAGAAAGCCCAUGAGCCAGCGAACCGCGUGGCCGUCGCCGCUGUCGCCAACCUCGAGACUGUCGCAUCACUCGCCGCCGAGGACAUCGUCUACGAAGACUACAUGAGCAAGCUGAACCCGAAGGGAAACAGUAUCCUCGGCUGCGCGCUGUUCGGACUCGCCCAGAGCAACAUGUACUUCGUCAUCGCGCUCGGGUUCUGGUACGGCAGCAAGCUGGUGUAUUCGGGCGAGAUCAGCUCGCGUGCGUUCUUUGCGACCUUCACUGCCAUUGUCGCUGGAAGCUUCCAGGCAGUGAACGUUCUGACUCAGGCGCCAGAGCUCGGACAAGCACGCGGCGCCAGUGUCGACAUCGGUCGCCUGCUCAGCCUGCCCGAGGAGCAUCUCGGCGGCGACCACCCCGUCCCAGCCGGUGACAUCCGUCUCGACGGCGUGUCGUUCACCUAUCCCUCUCGCGACGACCCGAGCCUGCGUGACCUCUCCCUCCUCGCCCAGCACAACGGUUUCACCGCCCUCGCUGGUCCGAGCGGUAGCGGAAAGUCUACAGUGAUCCGACUUCUGGAGCGCUUUUACGAGCCCUCAGCGGGCAACAUCACGGUCGGUGGCGUACCCCUCGCUGCGAUCGACGAGACAAAGUACCGCCGUUCCGUCGCGCUCGUGACGCAAGAGCCUGUGCUCUUUAACAUGACGAUACGCGAGAACCUCCUCCUCGGGUCUACUGACAAGACGGAAGCAGAUUUAACACGCGUGCUGGACGUCGUGAAUCUGUCCGAUUUCGUCGGCACGCUGUCCGAUGGGCUCGACACCGAUCUCGGCGCGAAGGGCAUAGCUCUCAGCGGCGGACAGCGACAACGCCUCGUCAUCGCCCGCGCACUCCUGCGCAACCCCUCAGUGCUGCUGCUUGACGAGGCGACGUCGUCUCUGGACAACGUGAACCAGCGGGCCGUGCAGGGCGCACUCGACGCGAUGGCGAAGGAUGCUCAUCUUACUGUUAUCGCAGUCGCACACCGCUUGAGCACUAUCAGAGAUGCCGGUACGAUCUACGUGCUUCGCUCCGGUCGAGUAGAGGAGCAGGGUACGUACGAAGAGCUUAUUGCGAACCGCGGGCUGUUUGCCAGCCUCGCUGCGAAUGUGGAGUAG